AUGACUGGAGGUGGGGAAGCUUCCCAUAAGCGAAGUCCCAGGGAGUUAUUAUGUCAUGCUGGUGCUGGUGCCUCCGCAGGUGCUAUUGCAGCCACGUUUAUGUGCCCAUUGGACGUGAUCAAGACAAGGUUACAAGUCCAUGGCUUGCCUCCCAAUUCAGGUCAAGGAGUAUCAUCAUCUCAAGUCUACAACACAUUGUCAGAACUGAAGACAAGUGCUCGAAAGACACUAGAGAAUGGGGAUAGCCAUCUCUCAGUCGGUCCAAACAUGGUAGCUGCUGCUGGUGCUGGGGCUGCCACAUCCAUUGCAACAAACCCAUUGUGGGUUGUGAAAACCAGACUGCAGACGCAAGGAAUGAGGCCAGGUGUGGUUCCUUACAAAAGCGUACUUUCUGCUUUGAGGCGGAUUACACAAGAGGAAGGCAUACGAGGGUUGUAUAGUGGGAUUCUGCCUUCUUUGGCUGGGAUAAGUCACGUUGCAAUUCAAUUUCCAGCAUAUGAGAAGAUCAAGUGUUACAUGGCAAAGAGGGGUAAUACAACCGUUGAUAAUUUAAGUCCUGGGGAUGUCGCAAUUGCCUCUUCAGUAUCCAAAGUACUUGCCUCUGUACUGACUUAUCCACACGAGGUGGUGCGUUCAAGGCUUCAAGAGCAAGGGCUUCUCAGAAAUUCUGAGGUACAUUAUGCCGGUGUUGUUGAUUGCAUUAAGAAGGUGUUCCAAAAGGAAGGCUUUCGUGGAUUUUACCGUGGCUUUGCAACUAACUUGAUGAGAACGACUCCAUCUGCUGUGAUUACAUUUACCAGUUAUGAGAUGAUACACAAGUUCUUGGAGCAAGUUUUGCCUCCAGACAAGAAGCAUUCACACACCCAGUCCAAAUCCGAUAAUCAUGCCAAACCUCAGCAGGAAAGCAGAGGAAAUGUUAGUAGUAACAGCAACACUGUUUCGGGGCAAUUGCAAACCCAACCAAAUAAGACACCUUCAAUUCCCAUGGGAAGCAAAGAGCAGCUACCUGCUGGGCACUGA